UACAAACUCUGGCUCUAAAUUCUUCCUACCCUUGUCUUAUAUAUUGAGGUCCAAACACAAUUUCUGUGCAGUGGGGCAGUAAAAAUGGCUAAGACUAGAGUUUUUGUGAAGUGGGUUGUGGCAGUUCUGCUCAUUGCUUUGGUGGGUGGAGCUAGGGCUGUGUCCGUUUGCAACAUCGACACGAAGCAGCUGAAUCCUUGCAUGCCUGCAGUCACCGGUGAGUCGCCUCCACAGCCGAGCAAGAAAUGUUGUAAGGUGAUCAGCAAGGCUAAUUUGCCUUGCCUUUGUAGCUACAAGAAUGUUCUUCCUGCUGUUGGGAUUAAUCCCAAGAAUGCCUUGGCAUUGCCUAAGAAAUGUGGCCUUGAAACACCACCAGAAUGCAAAGUGCAUUAAGGCAGCUGAUCACAAACUUCACAUCAACAUAUUCAAGCGUUUACCAAGAUUUCAGAUGCCAUUUUUUUCACAUUCCAGCUUUCGCUGAAAGGUCUUGAGAUUUAAUGUAGUGGCAUUCCAACAUUUGUAUUCAAUCAUCAAUGAAAAUGUCUGCAUGUCAAAAGAUAUUUAUAUGGUAGAUGAGAUUUCUUGUCACCAA